UGGGCGGGACUUUGACCCAUCAGGUUUGUUUCCUGGUCGCGGCUAGCAACCCGCCGUCUGGAACUUUGUGUGUCUGUUUUCCCCGGUUCUCGGUCGGUUUCCAGCGGCGGGCUGUUAGACAUGUUUCCGAGAGGGAAGCCGCAUCGAGUCUGAAGCAGGCGGGACCGUCGGCACAGCGCUGGCCCGGCUGCUCGGCGCUUCUCGGGGGUUGCAGUCUGGCCUCUAACCGCGGCCGUGAACCAACUUCAUCCUCGCGCCGAGUGUUUAUUUUAAGAAGAUGGCGGUGAGGAGGACACUGUGAACUAAAUGACUGUCAGAAACAUCGCCUCCAUCUGUAAUAUGGGCACCAAUGCCUCCGCUCUGGAGAAAGACAUCGGCCCGGAGCAAUUCCCAAUCAAUGAGCACUACUUUGGAUUGGUCAAUUUUGGAAACACGUGUUACUGUAACUCCGUGCUGCAGGCGCUCUACUUCUGCCGGCCUUUCCGGGAGAACGUGCUGGCCUACAAAGCUCAGCAGAAGAAGAAGGAGAACCUGCUCACGUGUCUGGCCGACCUCUUCCACUCCAUUGCCACACAGAAGAAGAAGGUGGGCGUCAUUCCACCCAAGAAGUUCAUCUCCCGACUGCGGAAGGAGAACGAUCUUUUUGACAAUUACAUGCAGCAGGAUGCCCACGAGUUUCUCAAUUACCUGCUGAACACGGUGGCUGACAUCCUGCAGGAGGAGAAGAAGCAGGAGAAGCAGAACGGCCGUCUGAAGAACAACGGCACCCCCGUCACGUCAGAGCCAGAGAUGGAGAACAAGAUCGAGCCCACGUGGGUUCACGACAUCUUCCAGGGCACACUGACCAAUGAGACGCGCUGCCUCAACUGUGAAACGGUAAGCAGUAAAGAUGAAGACUUUCUGGACCUUUCCGUGGAUGUGGAGCAGAACACGUCUAUAACCCACUGCCUCAGGGACUUCAGUAACACAGAGACUUUGUGUAGUGAAUACAAAUACUACUGUGAAACCUGCUGCAGCAAGCAAGAAGCACAGAAGCGGAUGCGCGUGAAGAAGCUUCCCAUGAUCCUGGCGCUGCACCUCAAGAGGUUCAAGUACAUGGAGCAGCUCCACCGCUACACCAAGCUCUCCUAUCGGGUGGUGUUUCCUCUAGAGCUCCGCCUCUUCAACACAUCUGGAGAUGCUGUCAACUUGGAUCGCAUGUACGAUCUUGUGGCAGUGGUGGUUCACUGUGGAAGUGGCCCCAACAGAGGUCAUUACAUCACCAUAGUGAAGAGCCACGGCUUCUGGCUGCUGUUUGACGAUGACAUUGUAGAGAAAAUCGACGCCCAGGCCAUCGAGGAGUUUUACGGCCUUACCUCAGACAUUUCCAAGAACUCUGAGUCCGGGUACAUUCUCUUCUACCAGUCCAGGGAGUGAUGGAUCAGGGACACGGCAGUAGAAGCAACAGGAAAAGAAGCCCCUUCUCUGUUCUCGUCCCGCCCCCUCAUCUCUGCCACAUGUGUGCCAAUCCUCCUCCCCCACUCCGUUUUACCUGCUGUGUCUCUGUGAUCGGACUCUUGUCCUCUUGGUGACCUGCAUCUGGACCGCACUUUACCACAAAAGCAAAAAUGUUCAAGCGACCCUGCAGACAGGAUUUUUUUGAAGGACCCCCAGAGCUGCAGGGUCAGAAACGGCUAUUUAGCAGUUUGUGUAGAAACCUUUCCACCAUGGCGGUUCCUUUGGUCCUGUCCUUUUGCCUCUGAGGUUGGAGACAAACACAGUGUGAUGAAGACAGCAGUUGGACUUUUUUAAAGGGUUUGAAGCUAUGUCUGAUGAUCUUCACAGCAAACUAACAGGUCCAAACUGUAGGACUUCAAAACUUGAGUUUGGUCAGAAGUAAUCUGAAUUGUUGCACUGCUGAGGUGAGAAACUCAGCCUUAAUAACACUACAGUAGAAAUCACCACAGAAAAAUCAUCAAUUGACUUAAUUUUUGUUUUUGUUAUCUCUUUCAUAUGAAAACUUCUAUUUAUUGACCUGAAGAUAUUUAUUUGUUUUGUUUUUAAUGGUGGCUGCUGGGAAAAUGAAGGUGUGUGUGAAAGAACCUCCUGAAGGAAGAACUUUAAGAUGAAGAAGUCAAAGGAGUGAUGCAGAAAUGUAAAGUGCAAAAAGAGAUUUACUUGAACUUCAUGGCAGACAGUAGGAGCCUGGAAUAUUUGAUGUUUUCUGGCAUACGUUUCCCUGUUGAUUUUACAUUUCAGGCCUGGAAGAUGUUCGGUAGAAAAGGGGAGUCAGUGAUUUAGUUAGAGGUGGGUCAUGUUGCUGUUUGGUCCUACAGUGGGAGACCUUCUGCAGAGCUUCCUGCACUUUGACCCGCCCGUCCCUGCAUGGUUGUGAUAGUAUUCUCUAAUGCUGGUAAAAGCUUGUGUUCUGAAGUUUUCAAUUAUUGUAGCCUGAAGGAAAUGAGGGGCACCAUCUUCCUGAGCACGUGUGUUAGCUUCAGGCGCUCUGGUUCCCUCCUGCAGUCUGUAAACAUCUUUUUCAGUUUUUCCGCAUAAUCGGCAGAAUGCCGCGCAGCAGCAUUUGUAAUCGGCAGGCGGCAUCUGCAACAGAGAUUUUAAGAAAAAGUUCAAAUUAAAGGAUUUUUGGACAUCGGUCAGUGACCGUCCGGUGACAGGCGGGUGUCAGAAAGGCAGCAGUGCGAUGACUGACUGAUAAAAGGGUCUCCAAGGUCCCCCAAAUUAUCCGAUGUUCGUCCAAUUUCAGACUGUCACCCUCCAGCCCGUCCUGCCGUCCCACGGCCGCCGUCCCAUUGUGAGAAAUCGUACGGUAGCAGUGCGGGCACUUGACGGGGGAUGUUGACAUGGGCCCAACGAUGACCGGACAUCAAUCUGGCUGCUUUCUUUAUACUACUGGGCUACCGGGCGGCGUGAUCUGGACGGCCGCUGGCCGGAGACAGUAAUGCAUCGUCCAAUCGGAGCUGCUGCCAGCCGCCAUCGCCCUGUGCCCGCCGAUUACGUAUUGACGCCAUCCCUGCCUGACUGCCACUGUCUACAUUCAUGCCCCCCCCAACAAUUAAAAAAAUCAAAAGGGGGGGGUAGCUCAUCUUGAAGAUUCUGCCGAUGUCUCCCCAUUGUGCAGUGGCAGCUAUCUUCAUGACCGUAGCAUAAGGGGAGUCUGUCAGUCGGUGUGAGCCCGCUGUCACCCAAAGACACAUGGGAAGGCCCCAGCAACCUCCAUGUCAUCAGAACAGAGUGGGUGGAGAUGAUGGGUGGAGCAAAUCCAUUUGCUCCUUCAAGGGAGAUGUAUUGAAUUGUGAUGACAUAGUGAGCUGGAAACACUAGCCUUUCAUUUGGACACAUCUUCACUAUAGGUUGGUAUCAACAACAUGAAGCCAAAACAUGAAAUAUCUCAGGUUCAUGCUGUCUGCAAAGAAAUGAAAGAACAUUUCAAAAAAACUUUGUGUUUUUGUUUUUCUUCUCAGUCUUAUCCUUUCAUUUUAAGGUCAAAGGAGUUUAGUUAAUGCUAAUGUGUGAUGCUUUAGAGCAGAUCAUGAUGAGCCCACACAGCUGCCUGCUCUUUGGAUCGACACCAGUGGUGCAAAAGGCAGAGAACCUUUUCUUUCUCUAAAGACAUUUGUGGAUUUAUAUGUCGGUUCUUGAGGUUUGAAAUUCCUCUGUUGUCUGCGUGCAGAAAGUCUCAGUCUAUAACAUAUCGUCCUCUUUUUACUCUCCAAAGUCUUCAUGUUGUUACUUUUAAGUGUCCAUUGAAAACUGUGCAGCGGUUUCCUGUUGAUUUGACUGUAACCACGUUUGACAAACACUGAGGUCUAACAGCAUCACUCUAGAACUAGAAAAUCCAGCUUCCAAUAUGUCUGUUUUGCUGCACAUCAGAGGAAAUGUCUGUUGAUAAGUGUGAUGCAGUCCUGUGUGAGAGCGUGCGACAUACAAGCAGAGCUGUUUGAAACAAACCUCUGUGUUUGAGGCUGAGGCUUUGGUGCCAAAAUGACCCUGCAACUGUCUUUAGCACAACAUUGCUGUCUUAGUCGAGUUCCAGCAGUGCUCAUACGAUGCAGAAGCCUCUGCUGCAAAUCCCAGUGUAUUUUUCUAAAGUGAAGAUGCUACAAAAAAAUUCCAGUUUCAUUACUGAUGAAGAAGAACUGUGCUUUUUCCAACAACGACCACCGCGUUACGGGCUGUUUUGGGGAGCCUUACGAGAAGAAAAGAACCUUCAGACACGCAGAUCUUCCACUCGCACUUAUGCACUCGCCUCAUCAUCGAGGCGCCCUGGAACCAGGCUGGACCCGACCCGGUCUCUGACGGACAGGAGAUGACUGCAUUUGCCAGUUUACUGCACUUUACUAGUGAUGAGUGGACACUUUAACAUGCUAAACCACAUUUAACCUAUUUACACAGUCUCUUCUACUCAAUAAAUUAGUGAUCUGCUAACUUAA